UACGGCUUGGAGGUCAUGGAGAAGGUUCUCAAGAUGGCUGAAGGUAUCGAUAUCGGGGAAACGAGGACGUACGAGCUGGUCCCUAGCAGGAAGCUGAAAAGAUACCGCUCUCCAUCUGACAGUCCAGAGCCGGAAGAGAUUCCUGAGCCACCCAAAAAGACGGUCCCCAGGUUCCGGGUGCGACCACGUUUUGAGCCCAUACACUUUGUCACCAGCGCUGAGAAGGAAGACAAGAAGGAAGAUUCUCUAGAUAACCAAAUGCAGGAGGUGAACCAGGAGGGAAAUGCCAACAGCAUGGCGCAGCCAGCUGAAAACUGUACAAAUUCUUUUGCAAGUGCAUGGGAGAUGGAUCCCCAGCUCUCCAGCUCAGCCGGGUUUGGCUUUGCAGGCCAGGCAGCAGCGGCCAAGGCGGCUGCGAACAGUAUGGACUCUACCACAAGUGGUGCGUUGCAGGUUUCUCUUUCUCCUUCAGCAGUCCAGUCUGCAUCAGAGACUUUCCCUCCAUCAGCUAUAAUGCUGAAGCAGAGUUUUAUUGAGAAACUGUCAGCAGCUGUCUGGAAAAAUCUUGCUAACCCAGAUGCAAACACUGGGACUGAUAAAAUUAACUAUACGUAUCUUUUGACACGUUCAAUUCAGGCUUGCAAGACAAAUCCUGAAUAUAUUUAUGUUCCUCUGAAAGAAAUCGCCCCUGCUGACCUUCCCAAGAGCAAGAAGCUCCUAACAGAUGGCUUCGCUUGUGAAGUGCGAUGUCAGAACGUCUACCUGGCCACCGGUUACGCCGGCAGCAAAAACGGAUCCAGGGAUCGAGCCGCGGAGCUGGCAGUCAAGCUGCUGAAGAAGUCUGUGGAAGUUAGAGUUGUUCAGCGGAAGUUCAGGCACACCUAUCACGAAGACUUGGUGGUGUGCGAGGCAGGCGUGAGUCGCCCAGAUUUCCCUCCAGCUCUCAAACCUCAUGAGGAGUUUGUAGUUGCCAACAGGGACUGUGUCCCGAUGCAGCCCGGUACUGAGUCCGUGAAAGGUACGGCUAAUACCAACAAACACUGGACUAGUUUUGUCCUCACAGAGAACGCCAGCGAUGCAAUAGGGAUACUUAACAAUUCUGCCUCCUAUAACAAAAUGUCUGUUGAAUACAAAUACGAAUUAAUGCCCAACCGCUCGUGGCGCUGUCAGGUGUACCUGCAAGAUCACUGCCUGGCGGAGGGAUUCGGCACUAAAAAGACCAGCAAGCACGCAGCAGCUGAGGAGGCACUGAAAAUCCUGCAGAAGAUGCAGUCAAAUAUAGCAGCCAUCAAAGUGACCCAGGUUCAGAAGGUGGGCUGCUCGUCGCGGGGCUCUGGAAGGAAGAAGGACCUGAAGGAUCUCGUGGUUUAUGAGAACUCCAGUAAUCCAGUGUGCACGCUGAAUGACACUGCCCAGUUCAACAAGAUGACGGUGGAGUAUGUCUUUGAGAGGAUGACUGGCAUGCGAUGGAAAUGCAAGGUGCUGCUUGAAGAUGAAUUCAUCGCAGAGGCAGUUGGAGUGAAGAAAUCUGUCAAGCAUGAAGCAGCAGAGGAAGCCGUGAAAAUCCUCAAAAAGACUCAGCCAACUGUUGUUAAUAACCUGAAGAAAGGCACCGUUGAAGACGUCAUCUCCAGAAAUGAGAUUCGGGGCCGGUCAGCAGAAGAGGCUUUCAAACAGAAGAUCAAGGAAGACAACAUUGGGAAUCAGAUUUUGAGAAAGAUGGGCUGGACAGGCGGUGGCCUGGGGAAGGAUGGUGAAGGGAUUCGAGAGCCGAUUUCAGUGAAGGAACAGUUUAAAAGGGAAGGACUCGGGCUCGACGUCGAGAGGGUAAACAAAAUCGCCAAAAGAGAUAUCGAAGAGAUCAUUCGAAACUAUGCACGCUCAGAAAGCCACAUCGACUUGACUUUCUCCAGAGAACUGACCAUGGAUGAGCGGAAGCAGAUACAUCAGAUCGCCCAAAAAUACGGUCUUAAAAGUAAAUCUCAUGGGCAGGGCCACAACAGGUACUUGGUGGUAAGCAGGAAGCGGCGCAAGGAGGAUCUGUUAGACCAGCUGAAGCAGGAAGGUCAGGUUGGACACUACGAGCUCAUUAUGCCUGAAGCAAACUGAGGUCAGGUGUCCCAUCCUAC